CGGAGUGUGGAGGGAACCGAAGCGUGCAAGGAGUACCCACGUAAUCGUCGCGUAGACGAAGAAGCCGUCAAUGUUGGCCGAUAUGAUCAUGGCCAGCUGAAGCACCGCCAUGUCUUACGCCAGUGGAGCUGCCUGCGAAAGGCUAAGAAAGUGUACCGCAACGCCGCUGACUGAGCCCUCAGAAUAACCUGCGACAUUGCUCUCGGCCAUCCCAGUACAACGCAGGCCGUGCGCGGACUCUUGCAGCCGCGAGCGUCGUAAGUAAUGGUAAGCCGUGUUGGCGGUCCAUCGUCCGUCGUAUUGCCGUUGGUGGAGCCGCGUGGAAAUAAUGACGCCGCUACCUGCACAUGGCCUGUGGCCCUUCGGCCGCAGCCUGCAGAACCAGACCUCCACGGGCUGACAUCUGUAAAUGCUGCACCAACCAUGAAUUUCGCUACGACGAGGCGGGACGACAGCAUCCUGAUCGUUUGCUCGGAGACUCUGCUCCUCAAGGCAGCAGGCUGUGGAGUCCAUACUGCCACGAAGUUAUGGUCUUCUGCAAUGGGAGGACCUAACCCACACAGUAUACCCGGUCAAUGGACAUGUGAACAUUGCCAGAAGCACACAGAUUGCCUCAUUCAUAGCCCGGCAAUGCUCUGCUCGGCUUACCGCAGCUCGUACGUGAUAGGAAACAAUGCAUAGAAGUGCCGAGAAGACUGACCGAUAGUAAGCAGAGAAGACAGUCGGCGGGCAAACUGAUGCGCGACGCUUGAUCAUCCCAAUUCGGUCGGCUGGGGCUAUAAUCACGAUCAGCCUUGUGUGCCCGACACAGCGCCCCUCUAUUCGUCGUACAUCUGCUCAAACGGGGCCUUCUGUAUGAGUGUCAAGUUUCGCGCGUCGUGGACGAAGACAUGGCUGUCCCGUAGUACUAACUCUCAAGCUUUCCCAU